UAAUUUUAUUCUGAUCAGGUCUCGGAUGGAUGUCAAUGGAGAAAAUAUGGACAAAAGAUGUCUAAAGGAAAUCCAUUCCCCCGAUCUUACUAUCGUUGCACCAUGGCCAUUAGUUGUCCCGUUCGCAAACAAGUACAAAGAUGUUUAAAGGAGCAAUCGGUCCUUAUAACAACAUACGAGGGUAACCACAAUCAUCCUCUCCCACCAUCGGCCAAGGAAAUGGCAUCAACAACAUCAGCAGCCGCAUCUAUGUUGUUAUCGGGAUCCAUUCAAAGUGCAGAUCGCAAUUACGAUCACAAUCACCAUUUUCUCGUAAAUUCAUCAAACAAUCAUCUUCUAUCGAGAACAAUGCUUCCCUACUUGCCUCCCAUGGCUAGCAUUUCCUCUUCAACCCCAUAUGCCACCAUCACAUUAGACCUAACAACAACAACAUCAAAUGGUUCACAAACUAUAGGUAGUAAAGUGUCAAACUUGUUUCCACAAAACAAUUCUCUUAGCCAUGAAGCAAUAUUGGGUCCAAUUGAGUCGUAUAUGAAUACCAACACGAAUACAAAUAACUCGGAAAGAUUUCCAUUACGCUGCCUCGAUGUACAAAAUCAGCAAAUAAUGGACGUUGUGACAAAUGCCAUUGCUUCGGACCCCAACUUUGCAGCGACCAUUGCAGCUGCGGUUUCGUCAAUUAUUAAUAAUAGUGGGGCAAACACGCAAAGGAAUGACAGUAUGGAAUGAAAUAGAGGUGAGAUCAAUCCGGGAAGCCCUUAGUUUUGUAGAUAUGUAAGUUCAUCUUUUUUAUUUGGUUUAGUUAGAUUUGUGUGUAAGAUAAUUAAUACUUGAAUACAAUAAUAUUAUGUA